AUGCUGCGUUCGUUCAGCCCAUGGGCCAUGCGCCGUUCACGCGCGGCCCGUGCCGCCGUUCGCCUCAUCUGCGCCGCGGCUAGCCGCUGGAGGCUGGACCGGCCUCCCUCUUCAGCCAGCGCGAACCGAACCGCCGAGCAGAGCCCCAUCACCGUCAUGGCGGCGGCGCUAUCCCUCCUCCCGCGCGCGGCCGCCGUCCGCCUCGUCGCGCCGCGCGGCCUUCCAUCCGCGUCCCGCCUCCUCUGCGCCGCGGCGGCCGGGGAGCCGUCGAAUUCGCCCGCAGCGCCGCGGAGGCUGGUGCUGUACACGAAGCCCGGGUGCUGCCUCUGCGACGGCCUCAAGGAGAAGCUCCAUGCCGCCACUCUGCUCGCCGGCACCCCCUACUCCCUCGCCUCCCUCGAGCUCCAGGAGAGGGACAUCACGACGGAUCCAGAGUGGGAGCGGCUCUACCAGUACGAGAUCCCGGUGCUCGCCAAGGUGCUUCCGGAUGGCACCGAGGAAAUACUACCCAGACUAUCUCCCAGGCUAAGUGUGGAGCUCAUCCAAAAGAAAGUAUCUAGCGUGUUUGAUCAGUAAGGAUACACUUUCUAAAAAAUAUCCAAUUGUCAGCUUUUCAAUGGUGUAAUGUUCCUUGGUUGUAACGAUACAACCCAUUAGUUUCUACAAAUUUUGUUGGGUUUUUAUGUAUGGAUUUAAAGUAUAAUUCAUAUAGAGGCAUGCAAAUACUUUUCA